CUGAAGUAGUACAUUUAAUCCUGAAGGUAAAGUUUAUGGCCCGACCGCAGGGAGGGCCAUAAUUUACCUGAAGGAUUAAAUGUACUUCAGUCGCAAGGUAUAUACGAUACUUUUCGUACUUCCGGUAUGAUUUUAUUAAUUAUUUCAAUAAUUUCAAUCAGUUUUUUCUCUCUUCAACUCAUUUAAUAAACUGUCUUUAAAAUAAGUUACCAUAGUAACAUUGCGUUGUGACAGUUAUAAUUUAGAAACAUUGUCAUUACUAGUGUCAUUGUAAAGAAACAUUGUUAUUGAUAAUUAUUGGUAUCAUGAGUGAAGAAGGUGUAUCUGAUAUUGAUAAAAGAGCAGCCGAAGUAGGUGAAGAAUUGUUACCACCGAAAUCUAGAAAACUAUACGAGCAGCAGUACGAUGCUUUUAAAAAGUGGUGCCGCUUAAAAAAUGUGAGACAACCUACUGAAAAUGCGCUGUUAGUCUACUUCGAUGAUAAAUCAAAAGCGGUUUGUGCCUCAACUCUCUGGGCACAUUACUCAAUGCUGAAAUCGGUUAUUAACAUUAGAGAAGAUAUUGAUAUAAGUAAAUUUCCAAAAUUAUUAGCUUUUUUGAAGAGAAGAAAUGAGGGAUUUAAGCCAAAGAAGUCAAGAAUUCUCACGUCUGAGCAGGUAGAUCAGUUCUUACGGGAGGCUCCGGAUGAUAAAUAUUUAAUGCUUAAGGUAAACUCGUCAGUUACCUGCUGCAUUAACCCAGGAAAGACUGGUCAAUAUGACGAACUGUCACAAUAUUAAUUUGAAUAUUAACGUUAAUUACCAUUCUAAUUAAUUAUAUUUUUCAAUAAAAUAUCCCUUAAAUUCGUUUGUUUGUGAUUUAAUCGUUCCGGGAGUUUCGUCAAUAUUUAAUCCCGGAGGGAUUAAAUGUAACACUUUAGUACAG